GCCUUCUCGGGCCUGGCCGGGGGCCUGCGGCUGCUAGACCUCUCCCAUAACCGCAUCCGCAGGAUUCCGAAGGACGCCCUGGGCAAGCUCAGUGCCAAGAUCCGCCUGUCGCACAACCCCCUGCACUGCGAGUGUGCGCUGCAGGAGGCCCUGUGGGAGCUGAAGCUGGACCCCGAAUCGGUGGACGAGAUCGCCUGCCACACGGCGGCGCAGGAGGAGUUCGUGGGGAAGCCGCUGAUCCAGGCUCUGGACUCCGGGGUCAGCUUCUGCAGCACCCACCACAAGACCACCGACGUGGCCAUGCUCGUCACCAUGUUCGGCUGGUUCGCCAUGGUGAUCGCCUACGUUGUGUACUACGUGCGCCAGAACCAGGAGGACGCCAGGAGGCACCUGGAGUACUUGAAGUCCCUGCCCAGCGCCCCCGUGUCCAAGGACCCCAUCGGCCCCGUGCCCUAGUGCCUGCCGGCGGAAGCAGAGCACCGCCUACCUGUCCCCCAUCACUCUCGUAGCAGGUGGUGGCCGAGCAGCGGGUCCUCACAGCCCCCUCCAUGCGGCACUUUGCCCCCACAGAGCCCUCCCUUGCGUUGCACUGAAGACACCGUGCCACGCUUCAAGUCCAAAAUGUGGCCAUCAGGCCCAUUUGACGGGCCAGGAAGCCAAAGCUUGGAGAAAUGGCAUUGCCCACAACCACACAGUCAGG